AUGGGACGUGAGUACAGAUACGAAGGUGUAAGCGAGAAGAGCCUGGAGUUUUUGUUCAAGAAGAGUACUCUACUGGAAGAUCUCCAUUUGGACUGUCCGAAUAAUGCUGCCAUUCCUCCGUCGAUCGACCGACUCACAUUGCUUAGGAACUUGAACCUCAGGACCAGCGUCACGCGACUUCCCGACACGUUCACCUCCUUGCAGUCUCUCAGAAGCCUCGUGCUGCACACUUACAGACUGGCGGCUUUGCCCGCUGAUUUCGGCAAGCUGGUUUCCUUAACGUCGCUUAAGGUGCACAGUUGCUCGCUGGCGUCGCUUCCAGAAUCUAUCGGGCAACUUGCCAGCCUGAACCUGUUAUCCUUGAAUGACUGCUCAACGAUGCAGCUGCCAACCUCUCUCACCAAGCUUUCUUCUCUCGCCGUCCUGGAGAUUCGACGUUGCAAGUUCCUUCUCCCGCCACCCGUCAACUUCCCUCGACUGUGGCGGCUCGAAACCCUCAUUCUGGAAGGAGUGACGGGAUUGCGCGGCCUUAUCGAGGCUCUUGAACAUCUGUGGCGGCUCAAGACUCUCGUGAUCAAGUGCUGUAGCGAUAUCACGUCUCCGCCGGAGUCUCUCUUCCGCCUGCCGUCGCUCACCAGCCUCACCCUUUACAUGUCACAACUGGCAGUACUCCCUGACGACAUCGGGAGCUUGUCAAAGCUACAGACACUCGUGCUGGAGUUGACGGACCUCGCAACUCUUCCUGAUUCUAUCUGCCUGGUUACAACGCUCCAGGAGAUUUCCUUAGAUAAUCUUUUGAAGCUGCCGUCUCUGCCCAAGGACUUUGGGCAGCUGAUCGCUCUUGAAAAACUGCGCCUUUACUGCCUCGGGCAGCUCACAGAGUUACCUGAAUCCUUCGGGCAGUUGACAGCUCUCCGGGAGCUGAAAUUGCUGGAUUGUAGGCAGCUGCAGCAUCUUCCGGACUCUCUAACCCAGUUAUCUUCUCUCGAGCACCUGGAGAUUAAGACCUGUCCGUGUCUCGCGGUGCUGCCAGAUGAAAUGGGGAACGGCAUGCGGCGGUUGCGCUAUCUGCAUCUGCAACACUGCUCAUCUCUCACCCACCUCCCUCCAUCCUCCUCCGCCCUGACGUCCCUCGAAACCCUCAAGAUCAUGGCAGCUGUUCGCUUCAAAGGCAACCUACUAGACGGUUUCUGCUGCUUGACACGCCCUAAGGAGUUGGUGAUCCAGGAUAUGCCACGCCUGUCUGCCCUUCCUGCCUCCUUCUCUGGUGUUUUUUCGCUCACCAGCUUGGAACUUAUCAACUGCCCUAAAGUAACGAUCCUGCCUGAGGGGAUCGGACGGUUGGAGGCGCUCGAGAUGGUCAUGAUCGCACGGAUGGACGGCUUGAAGCAUCUCCCUGCGUCGCUUGUCAGGUUGCCGCGACUGCGAAUGUUGGAGGUGCGGGUAUGUGAUAAGAUUAGCGCGCUGCUGGGAGAUGAAAUCGUGGUCAAACGCGCUGCCAGGGGUGCUUCGGCCAUCUCCAACAGCACUGCCAGCAGCAGCACCGCCACCAGCAGGGCACUGCUUCCAUCCCUUCGAAGUCUCAAGCUGAAAUCUCUUCCGUUCCACACCAUUGGUCCGUCCCUUGGCCAGCUCUCCUCUCUAACGAAGCUGAAGCUCAUGGAGAUGGACAGUCUGGUAUCGCUCCCUGAUUCCAUCUCUCAGCUCUCGUGCCUGAAAAGACUCCGGAUUGAUUUUGCCUCGAGGAUUGAGGCACUGCCAGCAACCUUGGGAGGGCUUUCACGGCUGCGAGUCUUGCAGUUUUGCUUCUUAGAUAUACAGCAGCUGCCCGAGUCGUUCGGGCAGCUGAAGAUGCUUGAGACGCUGGAGAUUAUUUACUGCUGCAAGAUAAAGAAACUUUCAGGAUCCUUCGGAAAUCUUUCCAAGUUACAAUCCUGUACCCUCACCAAGCUUGCGAUCUCAACGUUUCCUGAGAAUUUCUGGAAGCUGUCCUCCCUCCAAGAGUUGGUGCUUCUGGGACUGAAGCACGUCCGCAGCUUGCCAGAGUCGUUCUCUAAGCUGCCUCAACUACAGGUGCUGUUGGUGACUGCAUGCAAGAAACUGGCCCGGCUGCCGUCUUCUCUCCGAAGAAUGCCGACGCUGCGGGAGUUGGAUGUGAGUGAGUGCCCUUUGCUCUCAUGGUGA